GUGGCGUGCCCAUGGCCGCGAUCCUCUCCGACUCCGAGAAGCAAGCAAGCCCGCCCCGGCGACACGUCAAAGGCCACUCUCCCUAGCGCUAGCGGGGGCGAAGCUUUUGUCAGAAGCAACGCCCGCCCAAAGCAAAGCAGGAGCCCGUCUCGUCUUUGCCGCCACCCGACUUGGCAUGGAACCGGAACCAGCCACCCACGAGAACAAGCAACAGCAAAGAGCCGGCGGCCCUCGCUCUCUACCGGGGAUGGGCGGCGGCGCGGUGGUGCCGCCGCCGACGGCGUCGUGGCGCGCGCUGGCCGCGGCGGCGCUGGCGCUCUGGCUGGUCCCGGUGGUCCUGGCGCUGGCUGUCCUCUGGCUGCCGCUGCUCUGCUGCGCCGCCGCGGCAGUCCGCUUCCGGCGGGUCCGGAAGUCGCGUGCUUGCGGCGGGCGAGGGGGGCCGUGGCGGGAGGAGAUCACGGGCGAUGACGCCGGCGAUCGGGCGCGGCUGCUGCACCGGUACCUCCGCGACCAGAUGGAGCUCGUCGUCGCCGGGGCCGGCGCAGGGGACCAGCUGGAGCUCCCUGAUCAGUAGAGUAGUGCCAAGAAUCGAAGAAACUUCUAUUUUCCUUUCGGUUUGCAGUUUCUAGCUAGGAAUCUAGGAUGUUACUUUACAUGUGUGAUAGGUGAUCGGAGUCGGAGUUGCCAGAAGCUUGACCAGAGAAUUUGCUUGUGUCUGGUGGAGCAUCAGGAUCGCUUUGUUUGCUGAGAUCUCGUUUCUUGCUUCCGCCCAAGAUUAAAGGGGGAGUAAAGAUCAGGAUCGGUUUGUUUGGUGAGAUCUCGUUUCUUGCUUCCGCCCAAGAUUAAAGGGGGAGUAAAGAUGAGUUGUUGACUUGCAGUUUUUUCUGC